GUGCCGGAGCCCUCCCGGCUGCGGCGCACGGCGCCUGCGCCCUACAGCCGCCGCGGCGCCGAGUCCCGCCCCACGUAGCGGAGAUCGCGCCUGCGCCGUAAGGCCGGCGGGGCCGCCGCGUUGGGGAGCGCAGCGGAGGGGCGGGGCGGAGCGGAGCGGUGCAUUGUGGGAGCCAGCGGCGGGCGUGUGCUUUCUGCUGCAGUCUGGUGCCGGCUGGGCGUCCCUGAGCCCGCGCGCCGGCCCUCCCACAGCUAGCCCAAGACGCGGAGGCCGAGAGGACGUGUUGGAGCCCGGAGUCUCCCUGGGGUUCGCUCCGUGCCGCGAGGAGGACGCAUCUCCACGGCCUCGGUGACCGCCGCUCCCGCCAAGCGCCCUGGAGCUGCUGAGGGAUGUCCACCUGGGCCUGGCCCCGCCAUGCCGCAGCCCUGCUCGCCUGGCCCUCCUCUCCGGCCACUACCUCUACUACCACUACGGCUGCGACGGGCUGGACGACCGGGGCUGGGGCUGCGGCUACCGCACUCUGCAGACACUGUUCUCGUGGCCAGAGGGCCAGCCCGCGGGCGUGCCCGAACUGGCUGCCUUGCAGAUGGCCCUAGAGGACAUGGGCGACAAGCCCCUAGGAUUCCGGGGCUCCCGGAGCUGGAUCGGCUGUGUAGAGGCCAGCCUCUGCCUCGCCUAUUUUGGAGGGCCCCAGGGGCGCCUAUGCCACGUGCCCCGUGGUGCAGGGCUUCAGGAAGAACUGGAGAGGCUUUACUCCCACUUUGCAGGGAGUGGGGGGCCAGUAAUGGUGGGGGGUGAUGCAGAUGCCCGGGCCAAGGCCUUGCUGGGAGUCUGCCUGGGGCCAGACAGGGACGCCUACGUCCUGGUAUUGGACCCUCACUCCUGGGGCACUCCUGAAAACGCCAGUGAACUACAGGCUGCUGGGUGGGUGGGCUGGCAAGAUGUAAGCACAGCCUUUGACACCAACUCUUUCUACAACCUGUGCCUAACCAGCCAUAACCUGGAAAAGGAGCAGCACACCCUGGACUGAGAGGUGGUCCCGCAACGAUCUCUGGGCCCUAUGUGCACACCUUGUACCUCUCAAAGGCAGAGAGCUGCCAGAUGUCAGAACCCAGGGAAUCCCAGCAGAACUUGGGGCCUCUGACACCAAUAAAGUUACAAGUCCUUGCUAACUAUGGCCCCAGUGGAUCUUUGGGAUGGCUUGGGGAGGUGCAUACUAGACACUCAAUCAGCAGUCGAUGGAGAAGUGCUUUUAUUGGCAGUAGGGCUGACCAUACAAAAAAUUCUCAGAGCUGGAUGGGACAAGGCAGUCACAGGUACUGAUAGCAGGAGUGAGGAAAAGCAGACGGCUCAAAAGAAAUCAACAUCGUCUGGGGCAUCUAGGUCACGGUAUUCCACGAUGGCCCUCGGGUCUCCACGAACCAUCCUGUGAGAUAAAAAAGAAGUAAAAUGAGGUGAGAGUAGAGGAUCUCUGUAGGGAGUUUGAAGAAGGCAAGAAGAGAAAGUUGAACAUCUUAGCUCAUUGUUAACCUGUUGCGGGGUUUCCCAGGAUAACCCCCUUGGCCUCGAAAGGCAUCGUAGUUUCCACGGCCAGCACCGUACGGCGCAUGGGGGUACGGAGGUCCUCCUGUGGGGACUGCAGGGCGGACAGCACCAGCUGUGGAAAAAUGGAUGUGAAGUUGAAAAACUGACUUUAACUGCAUCCUAGCUGUUUCUUCCUUCUGGCCCCACAUAACCAACAAGCCCUUUCCUCCCUCUGAUACUCACCUCCAUAGCCCAAGAUUGGGGGCCGAGGUUGGCCAUAGGGCAUCAGUCCCUGGGGUGUCUGGUGUGGGUAUGGGAGUCCCGGGGUCAAGCCUGGGGGGAGUACAAUACGGACAGGGAUGUGAAUUACUGCGGGGUGGCGGGGAGACAGACACACAACAUAAAUGCUUUUAGAAAUAUGGCCUGAGGGUGGAGGAGAAAUCUCUUCCUUAGGGGGUGACGGACAGAGGAGUCCCUGGACAGUCAAGGGAGAGGGAAUGUGACAGACCCUCAUGGAUCGUAUCUUACUCUGGGCAGGGCCAGGUGGCUGGGCUGGCUUGAUCUCAGGCAGAGCCGGGCGCUUUGCAUCAGUGAGGAAAUUGUUGAAAAAUGCCACUUCCUUCUUCACUUCCUCGAUUUUCUCUGCAUGCUUGUUGAAGAUAUGUUUACGCACAAACUCAGGGCCCUGGGUGAAGAGCAGAGUGGUUUAGGACAGAAAAAAGAACGUGGAUCCCUGGCCAUUUUACACCCAAACUGGAAUGAUAAUCCCUUCCUACCUGUCUCCAGCUAACACUGAUUUCUUCCCCAAACCCUUAGGAAGCAACCCCCUCUAACCAUUCUACAAGACCAAGUCUAACAUCGCAGACCUUGAAUUUCUUGCCACUGAGAGGGCACAGCCACUUAUCCUUGCCCAGUUCCUGUGUGUUAGAGGUGACGAAUUUUUCCACUUCCUGCUCAGGGUCUUUGCGGCCCAUCUUCUGGGCCUCCUCCUCUGAAAGAGACUCCCGCACACUCAGCAGCGGAGUCAGCUUCUCCUCGAACGUUUUCUGCCACUCGAGCACUGUGGUUUGCAAAGAGAGACAGAAAGCAGGUUAGGGAAAGCAGCCAGAAGCCAGGGGUAGGGAAGGGGAAUCAGAGGACUGGAGGCCCUGGGCGCUCACCUUCUCCAUGGCUGAUGCGGUUGGGUGGCAUGGGUCCCCGAACGUGGAUGAUGCCACAGCGAUUGGGCAUUUCGUCCUCAUUGGGGUACUCACACGUGUUAUAAUA